ACAGAAAGAUUGGACCUCACUGCUCCCACGCCAGACUACGCGUAGUCAAACUGUUAAAAGACUGCAAGAACAUUUACACUUUCCAAAACUGCUUUCGUUUUCUCUGUUUUUGCUUCCAGAAAUCAAAAUCGGAUUCAUCACUCCAAAACCCAGAAUCCGAAGAGAGUGGGAGAGAUGGCUCUGAACCAGCCAGCUUGGUGCACUCCAGCCCUGUUGAAGGUGUUGUUGGGUCUCUUGGCUCUGUGCUUGGCUGGCUACAUACUGGGUCCUCCACUUUACUGGCACUCCAUGGAGGGCUUAGCGGCCGUCAGCCGCUCCACCUCCGCCGCCGCCGCCGCCUCCUCCUCUUGCCCUGCAUGCGUUUGUGAUUGUUCUUCUCAGCCUCUCCUAUCCAUCCCCCAUGGAUUAAACAACAUUUCCUUUUCAGAUUGCUCAAAGCAUGAUCCUGAUAUGAAUGAGGACACAGAAAAAAAUUUUGCUGAGCUAUUAACCGAGGAACUUAAGCUACGAGAGGCUGAAGCCUUGGAAAAUCAACAGCGGGCUGACAUGGCUCUGCUUGAGGCCAAGAAGAUAACAUCCCAAUACCUUAAGGAAGCAGACAAAUGCAACUCAGGGAUGGAAACAUGCGAAGAAGCAAGAGAGAAGGCUGAAGCAGCAUUAGCAGCACAGAAGAAACUGACAGCAAUGUGGUUACAGAGAGCUCGUCAGAAAGGAUGGAAAGAAGGGGUUGCCAAGUCUCGUACCGGGUCUCAGGGAAAUGUGCAGGCUGUCUAAGAGGCUUUCCACACGCUUAUGGAACAAUCAUAGGGUAAUGUUCAUCUCCACACUUCUUCUGUCCUGAGAAAAUUUAUUGUUUGGUCUCCCCUCAAAGCAGGCAUCAUAUUCAUGAUUCUAAUCAACUUGCUUGAACAAUCUGAUGGUCAUGGCAUAGAAAUCUUGGUCCUAAUCCGGUCUCUUAAAGUGGGAAAUCUGCAAAGAAGCCCCCUCAUUUUCAACUUUUUAUUCUUUCAUCAUUAGUUUAAGGAUUCCACUUGUAAGACACUCUGAAAUCAAAAAUGGUAACUGUGAAAAAUGGAGUGCCAGAUAUGUAAUACCUCUUCUUAUUACUAUUAAAAUGCCUAAACUGUUCAGUAUACU